AUGGCAGACCCAGCUAUCCACGACUUCCUAAACCAGCCCACUACUAAUUCCUCAAAACCCAGCACCAGAAAGCCGACACAGAGACAGGCCACAUCCUCUUCUCGCAUGUUCCCAUGCCUCUUCUGCCCUCGCAAGUUCUACACCUCCCAAGCUCUCGGAGGCCACCAAAACGCCCACAAGCGAGAAAGAGCCGCCCUUCGAAGAGGCUACCCCGCUGACGCCCGCUUGGCUUGCGUCAAGACCGAGCCACCUGCAGACCCAGUUGCACCUUUUGUUGAACAGUUUUGGGCCGACCCCUUUCCGACCGUCCACCAGUUCCGUGCCUCUGCCUCAAGCUCAUCAGUUCCUCUAGGGGCGCUUCAUGGAAAUGCAACCCCAGAAGUUCUAUCUCCACCCUCUGAUGCUUCUGACCACGUAAACCUUGACCUCACCCUUCGUCUGUAA